UUUUAAAUUGUUGUUUUCUUUUAAAUGUUAAUGUUACUUUUAUAAAUAAGAAAAAAACUUUAUCAAUUGUUUGUUGUAUUUAUUUUAAAAACAAAUAUCUCCACUUCCAUAAUAACAACAACUACAGCAUCCCUACAAAUCUCUUUUACUCUCUCUUUCUCUCUUUAAAUCACUUGCAUAUAAAAGUGACAAUAAUAAAUAAAUAAUAAAUAAUUAUCAACAUUAACAGUAAAUUAAAACGUCAAUCAAAAUGAUUUCACACAGUCCACCCAUCUUUAGUCAUAGUCCACCAGUUAGUUUCCUAGCCGACUUCAUGAAUAAUCGUCAAAGUAUAAAUUGUAAUGAUGAACAUAAUCGUGCCUCACGCUAUUGCCGUCCUCAAGUUAUAACUUUAGCCUCCAAGGCCAUGGUCAAUAAUGCUCAACAGCGUUCCACUAGUCCAAAUUUUGGUUCAACCAAUACUAUCACCAGCAAUAAUCGUUUAAUUAACAAUAACAACUUUAACAGCGCUUUCAAUCAGUUCAGCAGCAAUACAACUAAUAAUAGCAGUUCAAAUACCGCACCCGAUAUGGGUCGUCGUUUAGAACGUAUGGUCUCAGCACCAUUGCUGCAAGCACAACCUAAAUCAUGUUUACGCCGUAAAUCCUGCCUACAUAAAUCUACCGCCGAUUCAGUUGAGGUUACAGAUAAAAAUACCGAUACGGAUAGUGUUUGUACGGAUCAGAAGAGUCGUGCCCGCAAAAAAGUCAUAUUUGCCGAUGAUGAGGGUCUAUCACUUACCCAGGUGCGUGUUAUGUCGGAACCCUCGAAUGUGCCACCCUAUUGGAGUAUGAAAUUUUUGGAACAAAUCACUCAGGGUUUGGUAACACCACAUCCGGCCGAUCAGUGGACGGUCGAUUUUAAACAACCUGCCUCAGAUUAUUUAGCUUUUAGACAAUCUAUCGAGAGUAAUUAUGUCUCUUUGGAGAAUGUCAUUGUCAAAGAUGAGGAAUCCAUAGUGGUCGGCACUGUCAAGGUUAAAAACAUCUCCUUCGAAAAAGAAGUCAUUGUACGCGUUACCUGGGAUGACUGGAAGAGUCAACAGGACAUAUUUUGUACCUACAAUAAAGCAUACGGACCGGCCACUUGUGCCCAUGUUAUAUUCGAUACUUUCUCCUUCAAAAUCACCCUACCACCCUCUUCCAAACGUUUGGAAUUCUGUAUAUGUUUCCGAGCCGAUACCCAUGAAUACUGGGAUAAUAAUAAGGGUCUAAAUUAUACCAUCUCCAAAAGAUCACCCUUCUACUAUAAUGCUUUAUCGCCUUACGAUAAAAACUCAUCGGCUUCGUUAAACAAUAGCAAAUCAACAACGUGUCAAAGUCAAAUGAGAUCGGCCCUAACGGAGGCCCUUAAUAAUACAACAAAUGAUUCCAAAAACAAUUGGCAUCAUGAGCCCAGUCCCUAUUGGUAGAGUAGUGGACUGAAGAAAACAAAAAAAACCCUAAUAAGGUUUAUAAGAUUUGAGGUUAUAAUAUUUAUUUAUAAAUUUUAUGUAAAAGGGAACGAAAAGGCUUUUGAUAGCUACUUUUUGGAACUCUUUGAGCAUAAAACAAAAUUGCUCUUAAGCAAAAUAAACUAUACAAAAUAGAUACAAUAUAAAUGUAUAAUUUAGCAACUGCCUAAAAUAAAGGAGUUGUAUUUUGGCGGCUCCAAUUAAGAAAACAAACAAAAACAACAACAACAACAGCAACAAACUAAACUAUAACAAGGUCUAAAGGUUUUAAACCAGACAUUAAUUAAGAUAAUACGAGUAAAAGAGAAGGACUUAGCGGACGGUUUAAACAAAAUAACUAAAA